ACAAACACAAACUCGUGGAUUUUAAUACUUAUUAAUUUAUUUUCUUUCUACGGGACCAAUUGCUGCAUAUAGUUAAUUGAACGUGUCCACUUUGUCCUUGGGAUUGUAUCUUUUAAAUCAUAUAGCUAUAGCGAAACGAACUAGCUUGCAAGAUCUUGCAAAAUGUGACAAGUCUACAGGCAGAAAGACAAACAAGGGGUCAUUCAUAAGUGUGUCAUCGUUCAACAUUUUACAUUAGGCUUACUGUUUUUAUUUGAGCUGAUUUGCGCUCUUUGUGUUGAACUAACAGAUGUUGCAGAAGUGACGCUAGCAGUUACACCAUGUCAUUGUCAUCUUGGCAAAAGUUGCUCCUGCUGAAUUCGGCAGAACGCCGGCUGCUGAACGCUAGGAGUUCCGUUGGCCCGACUUCCGGCCCGAGGCGCGACGGCGGCACCGCUCCUGCCCCGUCCCGCAGGAGGGUGGUCAUCACCGGAAUCGGGCUGGUCUCCCCGCUCGGGACAGGCACCGCUCUGCCCUGGGAGCGCUUAAUCCGCGGCGAGAGCGGCAUCGUCGCUCUGGAGGAGGAGGGCUACCGAACGAUUCCUUGCAAAGUGGGGGCCCUAGUGCCCAGGGGAGACGGAGACGGGGACUUCCGGGAGGACAGGUUCGCUUCGCGAGGAGAGAUCAACAGCAUGUCGCAGGCCACUGUAAUGGCGCUGGGCGCGGCGGAACUGGCGCUGAAAGAUUCGGGCUGGUACCCGGCGACCCACGAGGAGCAGUUAGCCACGGGUGUGGCCGUUGGCAUGGGGAUGGUGUCCCUGGAUGAGAUCGCGCGCACCGCGAACGCCUUCUCCGCCCGCGGCUACAGCAAAGUCAGUCCCUUCUUCGUGCCCCGGAUCCUCGUCAACAUGGCCGCCGGCCACAUCAGCAUCAAACACGGGUUGAAGGGCCCGAACCACGCCGUGUCCACGGCCUGCACCACGGGCGCGCACGCUGUGGGAGAUGCCUCCCGCCUGAUCUCCCACGGCGACGCGGACGCCAUGUUGGCGGGGGGCACAGAGGCGUGCGUGGGGCCGCUGGCGAUGGCGGGCUUCGCCCGUGCGCGGGCGCUGGCGACGCACUGGAACCACAGCCCCGCCCAGGCCUCGCGCCCCUUCCACCCCGACAGGGAGGGCUUCGUGAUGGGCGAGGGCGCCGCCGUGAUGGUCCUGGAGGAGCGCGAGCGGGCGAUAGCCAGGGGCGCCCGUGUGUACGCUGAGGUCCUCGGCUACGGCCUGUCGGGGGAUGCCAGCCACAUCACCGCGCCGACCGCCGACGGGGACGGAGCGUUCCGGUGCAUGGCGGCGGCUCUCCGUGACGCGGGAUUGGCUCCCAGCGCUGUGACGUACGUGAACGCUCACGCCACGUCCACGCCGCUGGGCGACGCGGCGGAAAACGCCGCCGUUAAGCGGCUGUUCGGGGGCCACGCCCGCCUGCUCGCCGUCUCCUCCACCAAGGGCGCCACGGGGCACCUGCUGGGCGCGGCCGGCGCACUGGAGGCCGCCUUCACGGCCCUGGCCUGUUACCACGGGAGCCUGCCGCCCACGCUGAACCUGGACCGCACCGACCCCGAGUUCGACCUGAACUACGUACCGCUCGUCGCCCAGGGCUGGAGGGCGGAGGGGCGACGGGUCGCCCUCACUAACUCGUUCGGAUUCGGGGGCACCAACGCCUCCCUGUGCCUGGGCAGCGUCUGAAAAUGCACCCGUCUCUGGGGGUGCUGCGGGAGUGUGCCAGGAUCACUCUGACGUUUGAACAGGAGGCUAAUUGCUCAGCUCCAGUGCUCGGAGACGGUCUCUGGGAGCGAAGGAUCGCAUCUGGCCCUCACAGACACACAGACGGCCCUAAUCAAGUCUCCACGGCGCUCACUCCUUCAUCCGAUGGCGUUUAAACACUUACGGCUACGAGCACACGUUUACAGUAAAAACCCAGAGGUAGUUUUAUUCAUUUACCCUUCUUUUUUUAACAUUUUUUAAAAAUUUCCACCACAGAAUGAUCCUUCCGGGGUUGCCGGUGUGAAAUAUUACAGUUUGACAUAACUGUUAUUUACAGAGUGACUUCAGUGUUGUCUAGCAGUGUUAUAUUGCAUUGUUUAUUGCAGCAUUACACUUUCUUGUUAUUUUUAGCGUUUCUUUUUGAUCGUCCUUCGUCUUGGGUGUAAUUCAGUGAAGCAGAAAUGCACCUUGUUUCAAUUGUUAUUUUUAUUUAUACUUUGUGUUUAUUUUAUUCCACCGAUUUUGACGGAGAAAAGGAAAAACGACUUUUGAAAGGACUGGAGGUUAAAAAAGUUAAAAAUAUAUAUAUAUAUAUACACACUCAGUGAGCACUUUAUUAGGUAUACAUUAGACUUCUUUUUUAGGCUUAAUGGUCUUAGGGGCGGCCUGUGGCGUAGUGGUUAAGGUAAAUGACUGGGACAUGCAAGGUCGGUGGUUCUAAUCCCGGUGUAGACACAAGAAGCCGUUGGGCCCUUGAGCAAGGCCCUUAACCCUGCAUUGCUCCAGGGGAGGAUUGUCUCCUGCUUAGUUGAAUCAACUGUACGUUGCUCUGGAUAAGAGUGUCUGCCAAAUGCCAUUAAUGUAAUGUAAUGUAAUGUCUUCUGCUGCUGUAGCCUAUCCACUUAGAGUUAUGAUGCGUUGUGUGUUCAGAGAUGCUCUUCUGCAUACCGCUGUUGUAAUGUGUGGUUAUUUGCGUUACUGUCACCUUCCUGUCAGCUUUGACCAGUCUGGCCAUUCUCCUCUGACGUCUCUCAUUAACAAGGUGUUUCUGUCUGCAGAACUGCUGCUCACUGGAUGUUUCAUGUUUUUCGCACAAUUCUCUGCAAACUCUUGAGACUGUUGUGCAGGAACAUCCCAGGAGAUCAGCAGUUUCUGAGAAACUCAAACCACCCUGUCAACAAUAAAUCUAUGGCCAAAGUCACUGAGAUCACAUUUCUUCCCCAUUCUGACAUUUGGUCUGAAAAGCAGCUGAACCUCUUGACCACAUCUGCAUGCUUUUAUGCAUUUAGUUGCUUCCACCUGAUUGGCUGAUUGGCUAAAUAUUUGCAUUAACAAUCUGGUGUACAGGUCUACCCAAUAAAGUGAUCACUGAGUGUA